CGGGCGCGCAACUUCGCAGAUCCUCACCGCCCCAUCUCUCCUCGCCUCAGUCUCCUCUUUCCUCUCCUAGGCGAGAGGACCAGCGGAGGCACCUCUCUCGGGUCUUAGACUGCGGUCUUAGACUUAGCGAGAGGAGCCUGGGAGGAGACGGACCUUUUCUUCCCCUUUCCCAUUCUUUCUUUUGGCUUGGAGAGGCAAGCAGAGGCGCGGAGCUUUAGAAAGUUCUUAAGUGGUCAGGAAGGUAGGUGCUUCGGUUUUUCGCCUCACAACCGAGGUAGAAGUGGGACCUCCGGACCCAGCUUCUCACCUCGGAAGGUGCACUUUUCUCGGCUGCAGCAGCCAAUGCGCAUCGGAGCCGCUCUCUGCAGAGCCAGAGGGCGCGUUGGUUUCUCGGUGUGCGCCUAAGAGGAUGGAUCGGAGGUCCCGGGCUCAGCAGUGGCGCCGAGCUCGCCAUAAUUACAACGACCUGUGCCCGCCCAUAGGCCGCCGGGCAGCCACCGCUCUCCUCUGGCUCUCCUGCUCCAUCGCGCUCCUCCGCGCCCUUGCCACCUCCAACGCCCGCGCCCAGCAGCGCGCGGCCGCCCAGCAGCGCCGGAGCUUCCUUAACGCCCACCAUCGCUCCAGCGCCCAGGUAUACCCUGAUUCCCCCGAAUCGGAAUCUGACCACGAGCACGAGGAGGCAGAGCUUGAGCUGUCUCUCCCCGAGUGCCUAGAGUACGAGGAAGAGUUCUACGAAACCGAGACCGAGACCGAGUCCGAAAUCGAGUCUGAGACCGACUUCGAGACCGAGCCUGAGACCGCCCCCGCCUCUGAGCCCGAGACCGAGCCGGAAGACGAGCGCGGCCCCGCAGUGCCCAAGGGCUCCACCUUCAACCAAUCUCUCACCCAGCGUCUGCAGGCUCUGAAGUUGCAAAGCUCCGACGCCUCCCCAAGUCUCGCGCAGCCCACCACUGAGGAGUCGGAGAGCCCCAGCGAGGGGGAGGAGCCCGAGCCUGAGGACAAGGAUACGAGGGACCCCGAAGAGUCUGAAGAACCCAAGGAGAAGAAGCAGCAGCGCCGCUGCAAGCCAAGAAAGCCCACCCGCCGCGACAGGUCCCCGGAGUCCCCUUCCAGAAGGGGACCCAUCCCCAUCCGGCGUCACUAAUGGAGGACGUCGUCCAGAUUCUCCUUGUUUUCAUGGA